GUCCGAAGCGAACGUGGAACUCGAAGCUCGCGGUUCGUUGUGUGCAGUGCGCGGUAAUUUUCUCGCAGGAUUAUAAUGUAAUUCACACGCGAUAACGCGUAAACGAAAUUAUACGCUCACCUUUCGGCCGCAAUGACUGCGUGAUCACGCCGCAUUUGACAUUUCUCCAUUUACCUCGCCCUCGUAGAACGAAAACUCGGCUCACCGAAACAUCACGCACUGCGGAAAGUGUACACGUAUGUAUGUACAUGCGAUAAAACUUUCUCGAGCUGGAAGCACGCUUUUUUAAAAGAAAGUAGACUUGUAUAAAAAGAAAAAAACAGAUACGUCAUUAACAGCUGACGAACUAACCUCGUCAGGAUUGAGAAUAUUACAGGAGAGAAUUAAAAGUCUUAUUUGUUUACAUAUCAAAAAGAAAUAAUGAGGAUUAAUCUUUUAGAAGUGUGUCAUAGAAUAUAACCUCUCGUGUACUCACGCGACCGUAUGUUUCGAGGAUAGCAAUAGGAUUAUCAUAAGAUCGAGAAACGCUAAUUGAUUCCGAAUACAGAUAUGAUUAAGGCAAUUUUAGUUUUCAAUAACCAUGGGAAACCUCGUCUUUCCAAGUUUUAUCAGUACUUUAACGAAGAUAUGCAACAGCAGAUAAUAAAAGAGACAUUCCAGCUUGUUUCCAAGAGAGACGACAAUGUAUGUAAUUUCUUGGAAGGUGGUAGCCUGAUUGGUGGAUCCGAUUAUAAAUUGAUCUAUCGACACUAUGCUACGCUUUAUUUCGUGUUCUGUGUUGAUAGUUCAGAAUCGGAGCUUGGAAUCUUAGACUUAAUACAAGUCUUUGUUGAAACCUUGGAUAAGUGCUUUGAGAAUGUGUGUGAACUUGAUCUCAUUUUUCAUGUAGACAAAGUUCAUUAUAUACUCAAUGAAUUGGUGAUGGGUGGUAUGGUUCUUGAGACCAACAUGACUGAAAUUCUUACAAGGAUCGAGGAUCAAAACAAGUUGGAAAAACAAGAAGCGGGAAUCGCAGCAGCGCCCGCGCGUGCUGUCUCGGCCGUGAAGAACAUGAAUAUACCACAACAAAUAAAGGAUAUGAAGCUGCCUGACUUGCCGCAAGCUAUAAAAGAUCUCAAAUUCUGACCAGCCGUCACUUCGUUGGCACCUAGCUGACUGGUCUCUUCUGUCAUCCCGAACGUAACCGACACUACUACCGCACCGAGGGCACUUUUCUCCUCUCUUCAGGCAAGCGAGAAUGCACCAAUGUUGCCUACAGCAUCUGCAUAUAUCCCGUCUCAACGAUAUCAGAAUUAAGACCAUGGAUGAACCAUUAUUUGACUACUACUACUAUCUAUUUUGGAACUACAAGUUUUGCCGGCAAGUACUUUGGAGAAGAAUAGAGUGGAGUCUCGAAAGUCUUUACAUAAAAAAAAAUUAAGUAACAUAAGGAUGUUCUUUAUAGAUUUUUAUAUAUGUAUGUUAGAAAGUUUAUUAAAAUAAUAUCAGGUCCAUGAAUUCAACUAUGAUAUGGGCAACUUUUGAUUGUCCUAAAUAACCUAGGCCUGCGUUUCGUGAGAGAGAAGCAUGCGUCCCCCCCUCUCCCCACAAUUAUUCACCAGAAAUAUAAAAAAUAUUAAUGUAUUAUAUAUUGUAACGAAGUAUAUUUAAUAAAUAAGCUAGCACAG